AUGAGUCCGCACCAUUACGCGCCUGUAGCUACGGGACCUCGUGAACUGGAGUCAGAUGAAGCUGUCGGUGCACCUCUCAGCUCCAGCACCACCAAAGAAGAAGAAGAAGAAGAAGAAGAGGAGGUGGAAGAGGAGACUGUCCUGUCCGAAGUGCUGCUCAGCUGCAAGUGCACUGCGGAGGAGGCGAGAAGAAAGAAGAAGAGGUUACGGCCUGUUACUGAUGUCCGCAUUGUGUUGGUGGGUGCAAAGGGUUCUGGGAAAACAUCAACUCUGAACACAAUCCUGAACAGUAAGAUCAAUCACCAAACAAGGAGAACAGCCCAGUGUAUGGUGGGAAGAGGAGCGGUGUUUGGGAGACAGGUGACGGUGGUGGACACUCCGGGUUGGUGGAGGAACUACUAUAGUGACGAGAGUCCCGUCUUCGACCGGAGGCAGCUGCUGCUCAGCCUGUCUCUCUGCCCUCCGGGGCCUCACGUCUUCCUGCUGGUGAUCCGUGUGGACAGAGCCUUCACUGAGACCUACAGGAGGGCGGCACAGGAGCACCUACAGCUGAUCAGCGAGCACAUCUGGAGCCGUGUCAUCGUGCUGUUCACUUUCGGGGACUGGUUGGGAGGCACGACCACGGAGCAGUGCAUCGAAAGCGAGGGGGAGCCCCUGCGGUGGCUCGUGGAGAGAUGCGACAACAGGUAUCACGUCCUGAACAAUAAAACUAAAGGGGAUGGAUUUCAAGUCAGAGAGCUGAUUGGGAAGAUUGAGGAGAUGCUGGCCGGAUUUGACGCUGAGCAGCAUUGUGAAAUAGAAAGGAAGGGGAUGGCCCAGCUGCAGAGGAAGAUGAUAAGAGAAGAGCAGAAAGCCAAGAAGAGACUGAUGAGGAAGGAGAAACAAAGGCAGAUAGCAAAGUCUCAGCUGGAAACGCUUAACCCUCUUCAUGAGCUGAGAAUAGUGCUUUUAGGCAGCUGGAAAACGGGCAAAAGCUCAUGUGGAGACACCAUCCUUGGCAGAGAGUGCUUCCACACAGGAACCCAAACCACUUCCUGCUCCGAAAAUCGAGUCAAAAUCAGCGGCAAGACAGUGGCAGUGCUGGACACACCUGGCUGUUUCUCUGUGAACUCUGACCUCCUCGAAGCAUCAUGUGCCAUCCUCCUGGUUGUCAAUGUGAGCUCCUCAUUUAAUGACACCCACAUGGGAGCAAUAGAGAAACAGCUGGAGGCCGGAGGAGGCCAGAUGUGGAGCAGAGCGGCAGUUCUGUUCAGCUACGGCGACUGGCUGGGCGACACGAGUAUCGAGCAACGCAUUGAGAGCGAAGGAGAGCCGCUGCAGAGGCUGGUCCAGAUGUGCGGGAACAGAUAUCACGUCCUGGACAAUAAACACGGGGGAGAUAGAGUUCAAGUUCACCAACUGAUUGAACUGAUAGACGAGAUGCUGGUUGGAGAAAGGCUGACCGUUCUUCACGGUGGUGAUCACAUGUGGAAAAAUGUUUCAGUGACACUGUGUAAAAACGAUUUAGAAAUGCUCACAUGCUGCAGACAUCAACUGUCGCAUGACUUGACUGGACCAGCCAAUCCCAGCUCUCAGACGUCACUGAACUGCUCAGGAGGUGGUGGACAGGUAGUGGCAGUUCCAGCAGGAAGAAGACGAAGACAGACUGGACCCAGCAUGCGGGACAGAGAGGGCUUUAUGUCCUGUUUAUCCUCCAUGUUUUCAUCAAUGAGGUGGAAAAUAAUAAUUCCACACUUGUUCCCUACCGAUGAUCUCCACUUGAACAGUGAACACCCCGUGUUCACAACCAGCCACCCUACAAUGCUCCUGGUUUUACCUCAAACACAACAGAGGGUGCUGGAUGAGGAACAUGCCAUCGGUGUGCAGUCCCUCUGCCGCCCUGCUCUGAGAGAGCGGACCCUCAGGAGGCUCACUGAGUCCGGAGACCUUCAGGCGCUGAUUGACCAAUGGGGCGACAGCAGCCUGCAGGAACUGGAAGCCUUCAUUGACUUGUACUUUGAGAUGAUUUGGCAGCAAACCAUGGGGUCAUUUCAGGAACCCCACUGUCCCACCGCAGAGGAGGAUCCUGCUGUCCAGGAGGAGGCCAGGCAGCAGGAAGUGCUCUCCUCCAUUGACAGGAAGCUGUCAAAACUAGAGCUCCUGGAGGAGAUCAGGAGGGAUCUGGCUGAGCUGAGGACGAGCCUGGAGCACAGCUGGGAGGCCAUACAGGAACUCAGAGAAAAAAGCAAACAGGACGGCCAUAAUAAUACAUGUUGA